AUGCCUCCUAACUUGGGUGAUCCUAAAAAUACAGAAGUAAAUUUUAGUAUUGAUGAUGAUAAUUUAGAAUUAAAAAGAAAUCCAAGUAGUGUUUAUUCUUUUUAUGAUGAAAGUGAAGUAAAUACUUAUAUACCAUUAAUUAAAAGAAUUAAUAAUCAAAUUGAAUCUGGUGUACCAUUUUUUUCACUUGAAUUUUUUCCUCCAAAAACAGCUAAUGGUGUAGCUAAUUUUAUCAACAGACUUGAUAGGUUUCGUGAUGGUGGAACAUUUUUUUUAGAUGUCACUUGGCAUACCUCAAGUGAUCCAGCUAAUCUUGAUAAAGAUACUUCAUCAACUUCUAUUGCAAGAUGCGUUUUAGAUUAUUGUAGAAUAGAUACAAUGCUCCAUAUGACAUGUACACAAUACACAAAAGAACAAACAUUAAGUCAUAUCAAACAAUGUAAAGAUAUUGGAUUAAGAAAUAUAUUAGCUUUAAAAGGUGAUCUUGUUAUUGAUCCUAAUAUUCCAUCAGAAGAAAGACCACAAAGUAAAUAUUAUGCUUUAGAUAUGAUAAAAUGGAUCAAAGAAGAGUAUGGUGAUUAUUUUACAAUUGCUUGUAGUGGAUAUCCAUUAGGGCAUCCUUCUGGAGAAUCAUAUGAAAAAGAUUUAGAAUAUUUAAAAGCAAAAGUAGAUGCUGGAGCUGAUUUUAUAGUAACACAAUUAUUUUUUGAAGUAGAAACAUUUGAAAAGUUUGUUAAUGAUUGUCGUGAGAUAGGAAUUAAUGUACCAAUAUUACCAGGAAUUAUGCCUAUACAAGGAUAUGCUUCAAUUAAAAGAAUUGCUGAAUUAUCUAAUUUAUUAAUUCCACAAAAUAUACUUGAUGAUCUUGAAGGAAUAAAACACAAUGAUGAAGCAGUUUUAAAAUAUGGAAUUGAUAGUGCUGUUAAAAUGUGUCGUUAUAUUCUUGAUAACAAAAUUGCUCCUUCUUUACACAUGUAUACUAUGAAUAGAGAGGGACCAACACGUGAAAUAUUACAAAUGUUAGGAUUAUGGAAACAAUAUCAAAUAAAACAUUUACCCUGGAAACCACAUGGAGGACAUCAUCCAUUAAGGUGUAAAGAAGAUGUUAGACCAAUUUUUUGGUCAGCAAGACCUAAAAGUUAUAUUUUUAGAACACGUGAAUGGGAUGAUUUUCCUAAUGGUAGAUGGGGUCAUAGUUCAUCACCAGCAUUUAAUGAUUUAAAAGAAUAUUAUAUGUUUUAUUUGAAUGUUUCAAAUAAAGAAAAAGAGAUACAAAUGUAUGGUGAUAAACUUUAUUCAUUAGAAGAUAUUCAAAAUGUUUUUAUAAAUUUUUUAAAACAACAAGAAAAUGAAAAUGGUAUAAAAGUAACAUGUUUACCAUGGAAUGAAGAUGAAAAAGGUGUGUCUUUUGAGACAAAUCUAAUAAAAGAUCAAUUAAUAUGGGCAAAUAAUAAUGGAUUUUUAACAAUCAAUUCACAACCUAAUGUUAAUGGAGCAACAAGUUCUGAUCCAAUAGUAGGAUGGGGAAAACAAGGUGGAUACGUUUAUCAAAGAGCUUAUCUUGAAUUUUUUACUAAAAAAGAAAAUGCACAAAAAUUAGUUGACAUUAUAAAUUCUAGAUAUAAUGAACGUAUUAAUUAUCAUGCAAUUGAUAAAACAGGUAAUUAUGAAAUGUUUAAUUACAAUGGAACUAAUCCUAUUGCACUAACUUUUGGUAUAUUUUCUGGAUCUGAAGUUGCACAACCUACUGUAGUUGAUCCUUUAUCAUUUCGUGUAUGGAAAGAUGAAGCAUUUGACGUUUUUAAUAUCUGGUCUUCAAUUUAUCCUCCUGAAUCAAAAUGUCGUGAAACUUUAAAAUACCUUCAUGAUAAUUAUAUUCUUAUGACUCUUGUUGACAACGAUUAUGUUAAACCAACUAUUAUAUAUGAUUUAUUAAAAGAAAUUGUUUCCACAUAA